GGAGGGAAAGGUGUUUCGGCCAUAUUUGAUUGUUCUGUACCCGAUGUGCGUCCCUUGUGCACUUUCGAUUGAACUUUAACGAAGUUUCCCGAGCUUUUUCCCAUUCUAAAGCAUUUAAAGAGCGUCCGUGAGGACUUUUAAAAUCUUUUUCCCCCUCGUUUCUCUCAUUUCGACACCCGGCCAUGGGCGAUAUGUCGACCGACCCGCCCAACUCGCGGCUCUUCAUACUCUGCAGCAAGAUGACGUCCGAGGACGACAUACACGAGGCGUUCGACAAGUUCGGAAAGAUCGAGGACAUAUGGUUCGUCAUGGACAGGGAGACGAACGAGUCGAAAGGUGUCGUCUACGUGAAGUAUGCCAAGUCUUCAGAGGCGGCACUCGCCAUGGAAGAGAUGAACGGCAAGACGCUCGGCGGCAUGGGUAGAGCGUUGAAAGUCAUGAUUGCUCACAGUCGAGAGCAGGGUUCGCGGAAGGAAGAUGACCCCGAGCGCCUCCAGCGCCUGUUUAUAAUAGUCCCAAAGACUGCAACGGAAGAGGACAUCAAGGAGCACUUCCGCCAAUUCGGCGACAUCGAUUAUGUUUCAAUCGUUAAGAAGAAAGACACAGGCGAGAGCAAGGGAGUCGCGUAUGUCAAAUAUUUCCGUGCUUAUCACGCCGCCAAAGCGUUCGAAGAGUGCAACCGCAGUUACAAGGCCGUGUUCGCGAGGCCGCGUGAAUCAAAAAUGUCGCAGAACCAUGAAACUUCGACAGACAGCGGUUCUACAUCCAGAAGGGGUAAUUACGGGGGGCCUCCGCCUCCAAGCCACAGCAGUGGGCGGUGGUUGAACAGCAAUGCUGAGGUCCAAGGGGACAGCCGUUUAGUCGCAUUCUUGCAUUCCUCUCUCCAAGAUGAGCAGAUUUACCGUCUCUUUGACAUCACACCUGGCCUCGUUGACAUAAGACCCCAAGCCAAUCGAUCUUAUUAUGGAAUGCAAAAAGUUUUGGUUGAAUAUAAUUGCCCUCCUGCCGCAUCUUACGCUUGUUCAAAGCUCAAUGGUUUUGAGUACCCGAUCGGUAAUAGGAUAUCAGUGAAACCAUAUUUACAAGGUAUGAUCAAUACAGAUGAAGUAAGGAUGCCGAUUCAGAUGCCGUUGAAGGAGAUUAAUGGCGCAUCAAGCGGUGGACCGCAGGGCGGAACGACUACGAUAUCCAACAACGAGCUUGCCACUCUCACAGCCGCGCUCGCCAAGGCGGAAGCGAUCAUCAGGUCAAGCGGUCUUGGUGGCGGAAGUGGAGGUUCGCAGAGCGGGCCACCAUCCGCACCCAAGCAGGAUGCCGCCGAGGAGACGUUUGACCCGGCGUACUGCUCCGUUCGACUCCCACCGCCCCAGCCACUUGCGGCGCCGACUGACGAGCCGACACACAGGCUGUUCGUCGUCUGUCAGCCCGGCCUCCCAUCCAUGUACGCACUGCGGGACAUCUUUGGCCGGUUCGGCAACCUCGUCGAGGUAUACACGCUUCAGGGGAAAAACUGUGGAUACGUCAGUUAUGCCACUAAAGAAUCUGCAGACAAAGCCAUCAAGACUCUUCAUUUCCAAGAAGUAUGCGGCAUGCGGAUUAAAGUUAUGGUGGCCGACCCGCCUCGUAAUGAAAGGAAACGGCUACGAGUGGAUCAAGACUCCGAUAACUGAAUUUAGAACUACACACAAAAAAAUAAAAACCGAUGAAUUGGGACCCUACUGACCGAAACAACAACAAAGUAACUAUAGCAAAAAUAACUCAGAUAAACAAAAAAAAAAAAUAAACUACUGAAAAAAAAGGAUUACUGACCCAACAGGAAGGCAGACGAGAACACAACAGAAAAAAA